AUGCUAUUCACCUCCAUCUUCGACUGUGUAUGCGGGAGACGGGCAACCAAGCCCUGUCCUCCAACAUACACCCGAUCAUCGGAAUCCAUUGCCUCCGAGAUUAUCACCAUGAUUCUCAACGCCGAAUCAGCCGAUCUCCUUCAAAAGGAAGUGAAUGAGGUGAUCACCACCAACGGAUGGACGGACGCGAUAGCACUAGCAAUACUUCACGGUCUGGAGAACGCAAUCAGAACUGGUGCAGAGAUGGCACAAGUAGCGGUCGAUGCCGUUGCUGAAUGCAAAGCCGCCGCUGUUGGAUUUGCAACGGAGCAUCCUGUUUACGCAACACUGCUUGCACUCGGCGUUCUGGCCUUGUUGACGCCCUGGAUUAUUGAAGUCGUCGGGUUCGGAGAAUUGGGCCCAAUUGAGGGCUCAUUUGCAGCAGCAUGGCAGCGCACAUAUGCUGGAUAUGUGCCCAAGAGGGCUUUGUUUGGAUACUUUCAGAGACUAGGGAUGAAGUGGCAGUGGAACCUUUGA